UUUGUCAAUCUUUUUUGUUGUAUUGUUUUUGCACACCAACACAUAUCAAAUCAUUUCGAUCAAAAUAUGGCUGAAUCUAUUCCAUUAAAGAUUGAUGAUAAAAUCGAUGGCUGUGUUAUUACGAAAACCAAAGAAUUAGAUGAUGAAACUAAAAAGAUUAUUUUUGUCGAUGAUAAUCAUAAUCAUCAACAGCAAGAUCAAACUAAUAAUAAUGGUGAUGAUUGUCCAUCAUCAAAACAUGAUGAAAAUGGCGAUUAUGAAAACUACUACUACUACUAAAACUGAAGAUAAUGAUGAUAAUUAUGAACCAGUUUAUUCACCAAAAAUUAGUCUUCCAUUGACCGAAACUAAAACAUUGGAAGAUGAUGAAGAAGUUAUUGUUAAUUUACGAGCUCGAAUUUAUCGUUAUAUUACUGUGGAUGAAGAGCCUGAAUUCAAAGAACGUGGUACGGGUACAGUAAAAAUUCUUCAACAUAAACAAACUGGAAUGUAUCGGGUAUUGAUGCGUAGAGAAAAAACAUUUAAAAUCUGUGCCAAUCAUUAUAUAACUGGAUCGAUGAAAUUGAAUAAACAUAAUAAUAGUGAAAAAGUUUUUCUCUAUUCUACAUUGGCCGAUUUUUAUGAAAAUGAAACCAAUCCAGAAACAUUUGCCAUUCGUUUUUCUAAUGCUGAAAAUGCUGCCAUCUUCAAAGAAGCAUUUGAUGAAGCUGUUGAAUUUAUGAUUGAAAAAGAAACCAUAGAAAAAGAAGAAACAACCGAGCUUGCUAACGAAAUGGAAAAGAUUCAACUUAAUCAGGAACAACCAUCAUCAACAACCAAUGAAACAAAUGGUGAUGACACGAAAAAGGAAUGAGCAAAAAAUCGAUUCAAAUAUAACUGAACAUUCAUUCAUAUUACCAUUUCUGUCUUUGUUUUUGAUAUUGCUCAAAAAUAAAUUUAAUUUUUCUUUUAAAAA